CAUCUCUCACGCAACGCCUUGUACAUUCCCCCAAUUUGAUCCUUCCUUGCUUGCUUCCAUUCCAAGUUACGACCCUUCCUUUUCUCCAUUUCUAGGGUUCCUUCCUUUCUCCAUCUCUCGCUUUCGUCGUGCUCUUCUUUCUUGUUCUCCUUCUUCCAAUCUCGAGGGAUUUUCCCAUCCCAGUGGCGUUACGAUGCCGGCGACGGACUACCAAGGCUCGUCGGCAGCGGCGCCGUUUGCAUCCCUCGGCCGCUCCAUCCUCAGUCUCCGGAGGGACCAGACGCAUCCGGUGGAUGGAAGUGAUAGCGUCUCCGGCCAUGACCGUGAGCUUGACGCGUUUCAGCGCCACGUUGCUGAUCUCUUCCACGAGCUAUCCGCUCGUGAUGAUCUCCUAUCGAUCGCGUGGACCAGGUGCCUCCUUGACUCGUUCUUGAUCUGUCUUGAAGAGUUCCGUGCUGUUCUGUUUGUCCGGCGAUGCUCCGGACCUCGGCCGGCGGUGGAUCGGCUCAUCACGGACUUCUUUGAGCGUGCGGUGAAGGCCCUCGACGUCUGCAACGCGAUCCGUGAUGGGAUCGAGCAGGUUCGGCAGUGGGGGAAGAUUGUCGAGAUCGCUGCCAUAGCCCUCGGGAAGGACCAGAAGGUUCUCGGCGAGGGACAACUCCGGCGUGCGAAGAAAGCCGUCACCGAUCUCACUAUCACUAUGCUGGAUGAGAAGGACACUGGCUCAUCGGUGUUCACGCAUCGCAAUCGAUCAUUCGGGCGUGCGGGGCAUAACUCUGGGAAAGAUCACCACUAUCAAGGUACGGGCCAUUCCCGAUCUCUUUCUUGGAGUGUUUCCAGGUCCUGGUCGGCGGCGAGGCAGCUGCAAGCCAUUGGGAACAACCUGAAUGCCCCUCGUGGGCACGAGGUCUUGGCAACCAAUGGCUUGUCGGUUUUCGUCUACACUAUGAACAAUGUCCUCCUUUUCGUAAUGUGGGCUCUAGUAGCCAUGAUCCCUUGCCAUGAUCGAGGCCUCAAUGUGCACUUUUCAAUCCCGCGGAGUUUCGUCUGGGCGGCGCCAAUCUCAUUGCUCCAUGAGCGCAUCACUGAGGAGUCAAAGAGGAAGGAUAAGAGGAACUCAAGUGGAUUGCUGAAAGAAAUCACUCAAAUAGAGAAGUCUGGGCGCCACCUUUUGGAGCUGUUGGAUGUGAUUCAGUUUCCAAUGGUGGAGGAGAAGGAGAUGGAGGUGAGACAAGAGGCUGAAGAAUUAGCACAGGUUUGUGAUGCUAUCAAACAAGGUUUAAAUCCAAUGGAAAGACAAGUGAGAGAGGUAUUUCAUAGAAUUGUUCGUAGCCGAACUGAUGGUCUCGAGUGUUCGGUCAUGCAUUCCUGAAUUUAUGCUUAAUAGUAUAAUAUUUAUUAUGUGAUUCAGAUGUAAAAUUACAGUUAUAAUCUAAAUCUAAAUUGUGUUCUUUC